AUGACUAGUGUACUUCGUGGAGUUCUUAGGAAUGCCAUGUCCAGACCUAUAACUGGCAUGGCAUUCAGACCUAUAGCUACUACUUCUGUAAAAUCAUUUUCUACUACUAGAUUUGCCCAAUCAGAAUACAAGGCCCCAGAAACAUACGAUGAAGAAAAAGUAAUCAUUGAUCAAAUCAACAAUGGGUUAUCCGAGCAAGAUCUCGCCGCCGGUGCCAGAAUGAGAAAUAUCGGUAUCUCUGCCCAUAUCGAUUCCGGUAAAACCACAUUUACCGAACGUGUCUUGUAUUAUACUGGUCGUAUUAAGGCUAUUCACGAAGUCCGUGGCCGUGACAAUGUUGGGGCCAAGAUGGACUCUAUGGACUUGGAAAGAGAAAAGGGUAUCACGAUUCAAUCUGCCGCCACCUACUGCUCUUGGGACAAGGAAGGAACCAACUACCAUUUCAACUUGAUCGACACUCCAGGUCACAUUGAUUUCACCAUUGAAGUCGAACGUGCAUUGAGAGUUUUGGAUGGGGCUGUUUUGGUUGUAUGUGCCGUUGCCGGUGUCCAAUCUCAAACAGUCACCGUCGACAGACAAAUGAGAAGAUACAAUGUUCCAAGAAUCACCUUUAUCAACAAGAUGGACAGAAUGGGUGCUAAUCCAUUCAGAGCUAUUCAACAAAUUAACCAAAAGUUGAAGACCCCAGCUGCUGCCAUUCAAGUUCCAAUUGGUGCUGAAGACGAACUCAAGGGUGUUGUCAAUAUCAUUGACCGUGUUGCUCUUUAUAACGAAGGCUCUCAAGGUGAAACCAUCAGAAAGGCUGAAAUUCCAGAAGACUUGGUUGAUCUCGUCGAAGAAAAGAGAGCUUUGUUGAUUGAAACUUUGGCUGAUGUCGACGAGGAAAUGGCUGAUAUCUAUUUGGAAGGUGAAGAACCAACGGUCGAACAAAUCAAGGGCGCUAUUAGACGUGCUACCAUUGGUAGAAAGUUCACUCCAGUCUUGAUGGGUUCUGCUUUAGCCAACAAGGGUAUUCAGCCUGUAUUGGAUGCCGUUGUAGACUACUUACCUCAACCAAACGAAGUCUUGAACACCGGUUUGGAAAUUGCCAAGGACGGAACUGAAACUCCAAUUAACUUGAUUCCUUCAAGUACCACCCCAUUUGUUGGGUUGGCUUUCAAAUUGGAAGAAGGCCAAUACGGUCAAUUAACUUAUAUUCGUGUCUACCAAGGUAAGCUUAAGAAAGGUGCCAUGAUGACUCAUGUCAAGACUGGUAAGAAGGUUAAGGUUUCUAGAUUAGUGAGAAUGCAUUCCAACGAUAUGGAAGAUGUCGAUGAAGUUGGAGCUGGUGAAAUCUGUGCUACUUUUGGUAUUGACUGUGCCUCGGGUGAUACCUUUAUUGGUACCAACUCCGACAAGGAAAUUGCCAUGAGUUCUAUGUUUGUUCCUGAAGCUGUCAUUUCCCUUUCUAUUGCUCCUAAAUCCAAGGACAAUGGUGCAUUCUCCAAAGCCAUGAACAGAUUCCAAAAGGAAGAUCCUACAUUUAGAGUUAAAUACGACGAAGAAUCCAAGGAAACCAUCAUUUCCGGUAUGGGUGAAUUACAUUUAGAAAUCUAUGUUGAAAGAAUCAAGCGUGAAUACGGUGUUGAGUGUGUCACUGGUAAGCCACAAGUUUCUUACCGUGAAUCCAUUACUGUUCCAGCUACCUUUGACUACACCCACAGAAAACAAAGUGGUGGUGCUGGUCAAUAUGGUAAGGUUAUUGGUGAAAUGCUUCCACUUGAAAGUGAAAACAAGUUUAGUGAAUCUAUUGUUGGUGGUAAGAUUUCUGAAAAGUUCUUGCUUGCUGUCAAGAAAGGGUUUGAAGAUAGUUUGGAAAAGGGUCCAUUGAUUGGACACAAGGUUUUGGGUGUUCACAUGCAUGUUACUGAUGGUGCUACCCAUGUUGUCGAUUCUUCAGAAUUGGCGUUCAGAUUAGCUUCCAAGGGUGCUUUCCAACAAGGGUUCUUGGCUGCUAACCCAGUUAUCUUGGAGCCUAUCAUGUCUGUUGAUGUCACUGCUCCAGUUGAAUUCCAAGGUGCUGUUGUUGGUUUAGUCAACAAAUUAGGUGGGUUGAUUUUGGAAACCGAAACUGGAGAGGAUGAAAUUACCGUUGAAGCUCAAUGUUCAUUGAACUCUUUGUUUGGGUUCUCCACCUCAUUGAGAGCUUGUACCCAAGGUAAGGGUGAGUUCUCAAUGGAGUUCUGUAAAUAUACCCAAACUGCUCCUCAAGUUCAAAAACAAUUGAUUGCCGACUAUCAAAAGUCAUUAAAGGAAAAGAAAUAG